AUGCCGACCAUGGGCAACGACUUUGGAACCAUCCUGACCCACGGCUGGCCCGAGGUGCACCGUCACGAUUUCUUUGUCUUUUCAUCCGCCAUUUCCAUGUUCGUCAAAUGGCUGUUCUCGCUGGCUAGCCAGCUCAACAUGUCGCCCCACAUCACCACCCCCACAAACCUGCUGCCGUUCGGCUGCAUUUACAACGCCAUGAUGACACCCUACACGCCCUUCGUGGGAAUUCUCGCCUAUAACGCCGGUGUGUGGUUCUGGGACAGGGCAAACAAGCAGCAGCUGGGGGAGGCGAAGAAGAACGACGACUCGCGCAGUAACGCGCCGCGCACGUCGACUGCUGUCCGCAACGUUGUUGUCGCGCAUAACCUGGCUUUGGCAGUAUACUCAAUUUGGACGUUCAUUGACUUUAUGCCAGCAGAUUCAGGACCGCCUACUGCGAUCGCCAACUGGACGCUGUGGAACAGCAAGCUCCUGAUGCACGGGUACCUGUUCUACCUGUCAAAGUACUACGAGUUUGUCGACACCUUCAUUAUCCUGUACAAGGGCCGGUCGCCCGGUCGUCUCCAGACAUUCCACCACUCGGGCGCUUCGGCGUACCUGGCGUUCUUUGUGUUUGAGAACAGCAUCAUCCACAGCCUGAUGUACACGUAUUAUACGCUGACCGCCAUGGGAUACAAGCCGCCUGGGAAGCAGUGGCUGACGCGUAUGCAGAUCGCACAGUUCUAUAUUGGGCUGACUGCUGGCUUUGUGUACAUGGGCAUACCUGCGUGCCAGACUUCGGAGCAGCGGGUAUUCAUCUACCUGUUCAUCCCGUAUAUUCUGGAGCUCAUCAGGCUGUUCAACGCGUUUGCUCGCAAAGCAUACGGCGGACCCGGGCCACAGCCAGUCGAAAAGGCAAGCUAG